UUUGCAUUGCAAUAACGGACGGAUUGGAGUGGUAUGAGAUGUAUUUAAUUGUUAUAAAGGGUUGGAAGACUGUUGGUAUGUUUCUAUGGAUUCUUCUCCGGUAAAGUCCAAUGAAAGGCUUCUUGGACCAACCUCCUUUUGAAUGGCUAUUACAUGGACGGAUUGGUAUUUCAACAUGGCUCCUGUUGGCUAGCUCUGGUUAAUAACGGGGAGCAAUUACAUAAUGUCAACAUAUAUGUAUUCAUCUGUCGCUAUGCUUGGGAACAUGUCCAAUUGGGUAAAAGUUCUGGAUUCAUGCUCGGAAAGGAUAAGUCGGCCUCCGUUAAUGGGUCCAACGCCCAUACUUGCAAAAAAAUCAGCAAUCAUUUCUGCUAUGUUCUUUGAAUCCCAUACAUGGCUGGGUGCGGCGAGUGCGACAGCACUUUCACUGAAUACGACAUGACCAACGGGAGGAAGAAGCCUUCGUUCGACCGACUGUACGCUUUAAUGCCUGAACUUUCGUCAUGAGAUGAUCGAGCUGCACGUGACUCUGUUCAUCAUCGAAAGAUCACCCCCAAACCCCGUCAUGUCGCUGGUUACCAUCACAAAGCCAUCAUGCCCUCCACUACAACUCUUUACAGCCUAACAGCUCUCUCAGCUCCCGUCUUCGCCCUCGGAGCCGGAAUCUCCCUUCUCAGAAACCAACAGAAGCGCCCUUUCGGAACCAAAGACGAUCCAACAGAUCCUCUGACCAAACUGGUCGUUGCGCACCGGAAUGCAACAGAGUACGCUGGAGUGCUCGUCCCCCUUAUUCUGGUUGUGGAUGCGAGGUGCCGUGGACGUGCGGUUGAUGGGAUCGUGAUUGGAGCGGUUGUUUGCCGGAGUUUGGUUAUUGCAUCGUUGGCCACCUGUCGAUCUUUGACUGAGGUGGGCAUUGGGAGGUUGGUUGGGGCUUGGGGAACAUAUAUUUUUGGAGGAAUUUUGGCGUUCCUUCCUCUCUGUUUUUGAGAUAUUUUAAUGUAGCCGUCGGUCUAGAUCCAGAGUCUUGUAUGCAAUGGCUUGGGUCUUGAGAAUGUUUGAAACGCACUCAUCAUCGAAAAUGUUUGGAUGUAAUCAUGCCAAUUUGUCAAAUAUAUUCGUGAAUAUUGCCACGUGCAAUGCUGGCAAAUACGUAAACCAUA